GUAAACAAAGGAACUUUCCUAUCUUUCGUAGUAAAUAAUCUUUGGUGUUGGCUUGCGUUCAAGGGCGUGGUUGCCUAUGUUUACACCCGUACUAUUAUCGUCCUGCGUGUCAUGCCGGCGCUAAAGUCUUUGGUGUAAAGGCUUAGUGGGAUUGCAACGGCGGUUGGAGCUAGAAGUGUUUCCUCGGGAGGUUUGAUGUGAUUAGAACAAACCUGAUUAUCGUCUCUGGCAUCCAUUUUCGAGCAUGGAAUACCCGACGAAGGAAAAGCUUCAGCUGGUCGCACACCCAGUACCUUCCGCCCCGGAACCCUCGGAGGCGUCAGCAGCGAAUCCCAGGGAAGAGAAUACCUGCUGUUGCGGCUGCAGUUGGCGGACUGGCGCCAUCACCAUCGCCAUCAUCUACCUGCUUGUGUCCCUGAGUUUUGUAGGAAUGCUAAUCGCACUCCUCUGCAUUGAAAACAUGAGAGAUGUUGGUCUCCCGGUUUUGAUCACGUGUAGUGUACUUGGAAUUGCAAUCAUCUUUAUCUCCUUGCUUUUAUACGGAGCCAUAAAGCGGCGUCCGCCCUUCCUCCUCGCCUGGAUGUGUUGGGAAGGCGUCAACAUUGGCCUUUUUGUGGUCGGUACCAUCAUCUCCUCCUCCUCCAUGAGCCUCGCUGCACUAGGUGGCUUGGUUGGUGUUGGUGUAAGAUGCCUCGGCUUCUUCGUCGUCCAUAAAUACCGUAAAACCCUGAUCGCCCAGCCUCCGAAGCGAGAGGCCAACAACGCCCCGGCCUGAUUCUGCGGAGAUGCAGCCUCCUCCCCCACGCAGGGAAAUGGUCUUGGAACCUCUUGCGUUUCCUUGUGUGCGAGCGGCUUAAACGCAUUUAAGUUUGUGUGUGUAUUAAUGGAUGUAUGUCUAUAUAUAUGAAUGGACAUAUAGAUAUCUAAAUAUCUAUAUGUGCAUAUACUGUAUAUGUAUAUAUUUAUAUUUAUG